UAAACAAAAAAUGACAAAAAUUCGAGUGACCGACGAACAGAGUUUCUGAGAAACUUAACCCGAGCUCUCUAAUUUCCACACAGAGGAUUAAUUGAUUAAAUCCAAAUAAAAAGGUUGUUAAUUUAUAUUUUUCCUUUUUCAAAAAGUUUCAAUUUUCAGUUUUUUUGGGGUCUCUCAGCUGAUCAGCGCGCGUUCUCUCUCCUUCUUUCACAUCUGUCACGCACAACCGGCGGCACCACCACGACCACCAGCAGACCAAAACGGCCCGUUUUGGUAUAAAGCCAGAAGGAGCAACCUCAUAGAGGUUGUUCUUUGUUCUUUUCUGCUCUGUGAAACUGGUCUCUGUGUGUGCUUUUGAAGCUGAAGAAGAAGAAGAAGGAGGAGGAGGAGGAGGAGGAAGAAGAAGUUAGCAAGCUGAGGCUUUUACAGCCAUGGGAAACUGCAACGUUUGCGUGAGAGCGGACGUCGUCGACGACAAAAGUACCAACAACCGCGACAAAAAGAAGAAGAAGACCGGAGAGCGACGGCCCAACCCGUUCUCCGACGACCCGAUCCGGUCCCCGGCUCCGAUCCGAGUUCUAAAGGAUGUGAUCCCGCUCGGUCACCGGACCCGGAUCGGCGACAAGUACAUACUGGGUCGCGAGCUGGGUCGGGGCGAGUUCGGCAUCACGUAUCUGUGUACGGACCGCGAGACGAAGCAGGCCCUGGCCUGCAAGUCCAUAUCCAAACGCAAGCUCAGAACCGCGGUGGAUAUAGAGGAUGUGAGGCGGGAGGUGGCGAUAAUGUCGACGUUGCCGGAGCACCCGAACAUAGUGAAGCUGAAGGCGACUUACGAGGACAACGAGAACGUCCACUUGGUUAUGGAGCUCUGCGAAGGCGGCGAGCUGUUUGAUAGGAUUGUGGCCAGAGGACAUUACAGUGAGCGAGCUGCGGCCAACGUGGCCAGGACUGUAGCGGAGGUGGUGAGGAUGUGCCAUGCCAAUGGGGUUAUGCACAGAGACUUGAAGCCUGAGAACUUUUUGUUCUCUAACAAGAAAGAGCACUCGCCCCUUAAGGCCAUCGAUUUUGGGCUCUCUGUGUUUUUCAAGCCCGGGGAGAGGUUUAUGGAGAUUGUGGGGAGUCCGUACUACAUGGCCCCGGAGGUUUUGAAGAGGAAUUAUGGACCAGAGGUUGAUAUAUGGAGCGCCGGUGUAAUUCUUUACAUUUUGUUGUGUGGGGUUCCUCCAUUCUGGGCAGAAUCUGAACAGGGUGUUGCUCUCGCAAUCUUGAGGGGGGUGAUUGAUUUCAAGAGGGAACCCUGGCCUCAGAUUUCGGAGAGUGCUAAAAGCCUUGUUCGGCAGAUGCUGGAGCCGGAUCCUAGAAAACGCUUGACUGCUCAACAGGUGCUUGAACAUCCAUGGUUACACAAUGCAAAGAAAGCUCCAAACGUUCCAUUAGGAGAUAUAGUGAGGCCAAGGCUCAAGCAGUUCUCAGUGAUGAAUAGAUUCAAAAAGAAGGCUCUAAGGGUAAUUGCAGAACACUUAUCUGUUAAAGAAGUGGAAGUAAUCAGAGACAUGUUUACAUUGAUGGACACUGACAAAGAUGGCAAAGUAACAUAUGAGGAAUUGAAGGCUGGGCUUCAGAAAGUUGGUUCACAAUUGGCCGAACCAGAGGUUAAGAUGCUGAUGGAAGUGGCUGAUGUUGAUGGAAAUGGAGUCUUGGACUAUGGAGAGUUUGCAGCAGUGACAAUUCACUUGCAGAGAAUGGAGAAUGAUGAGCAUCUCCGCAGAGCGUUUGUGUUCUUUGACAAAGAUGGAAGUGGAUAUAUUGAGUUAGGUGAGCUAAGGGAAGGUUUACUAGAUGAAUCAGGUGAAAUUGAUAAUGAAGUGCUGAAUGACAUCAUGCGUGAGGUCGACACUGAUAAGGAUGGACGUAUCAGUUAUGAGGAGUUUGUUGCGAUGAUGAAAACUGGAACGGAUUGGAGAAAGGCGUCUCGGCAGUAUUCAAGGGAGAGAUUCAAGAGUUUGAGCCUCAACCUGAUGAAAGACGGUUCAUUGCAGCUUCACGACGGGCUAACUGGUCAAGCAAUUGCUGUAUAACUUGCAUUCUUGUUUAGAUUGUGCAUGCUGGGGGUUCUCCUUCUCUUUUAUUGUCCGUACACUUGAAAAUCGCGGCAGAUGGGGUUUUUGUAAACCGAGGUUUGAGGGCAGAUAUUGAAUCAACCUUCCUGGACACCAUUGGCUUGGCUUAGUAGGUUGUUAGAUUGUGGCUGAAUGAAGCUUUGCAUCCAAGAAAGGCAUGUUAGGUUGCAAGGGGAGCUGUUUGUGGAGA